AUGGGAAAUUUUUUCAACCAACUGGGAUUCAUUGCAUCCACUGUCGUUGAUCCAACAGGAAGAAUGGGAGGAAUUUGGAUAGUUUGGGAUGCCAGUCAAGUCAAUGUUCGAGUUUCUUCUGCUAACUCCCAAUCCAUUCACGCUACCAUUCACAAAGAAGAUUUUGAAGAAUGGGUCCUUGCAGCAGUCUAUGCCAGCCCUAACCCUAUUUUGAGGGAAAACCUGUGGGAGGACCUAGAGGCAGUGGCUAGUGAUACGGAUAAACCAUGGCUGGUAGCUAGAGAUUUCAACGAUUAUACUAACCAAGGGGAAAGAAGGAGCUUCAGACCUUCCCACAAUUUUGUUCGUAACCAAAAGUUCCUAGAUAGGAUCAAUAACUGCAACCUGAUCGACCUUGGGAGUUCGGGCCCCAGAAUGACAUGGAUGAACAACAGACAUGGUCUGGCCAACAUAAUAGAGAGGUUGGAUAGGGCCAUGUGCAACUCAGAUUGGAGAACCAUGUUCCCUGAAGCCAUAGUUAGGGUUCUUCCAAGAACCUACUCUGACCACUCACCGUUGAUAGUCUACACCCAAGGUAUGCAUUCCCAUACCCCCCUUCAUAGGCCCUUUAGAUUUCAAGUUGCUUGGAUGACCCACCCAGGCCUUAUUAAGGUUAUCACCUCCUCCUGGAAUGAUAUGAAGAAUAAUCUCAUUGACUCUACUGAUGAGUUCACCCGUAGGGUGAAAGAGUGGAAUAAAAAAGUUUUCGGAAAUAUUUUUAAAAGGAAAAGACAUCUCCUUGCUCACAUUGAGGGCAUCCAAUGA